AUGUCUCUUUUAACACAAAAGACUCGUAAAAAUAUUCCUCAAAAUGUAUUUGAAAUCCUCCAAAGGUCUGAUAGAUCUACCACAGACAUCGAAAGGCUCUUAGAAUAUUUUAAGACUAUUGAAGACCUAGCGAAUUAUACAGCUGAGCUAUCAAAGCGUUCCCUCAGCCAGCUGGCAGCCAAUUUUUAUAUUGAAGAAUACGAGGCCGGACAAGAAGUUUUCCAAAAAGGAGCCAAAAGUGAUAUCCUUUUCCCUUUAAGUUCACCAUAAACAAAUGGCUUAAACAAUAAAUUAGCAAUUCAAGAGAAAACACUAUAAAUUGUACAUAGUCCUAAGAGGCCACCUAAGUAUGAUAGAUAGAAGUUCUGAUGGCACUGAAAAAUUAAUUGCAACUCUUCCAAAAGGAAAAAUGAUAGGAGAAAGAGGAUUAAUAAGGGAUCAACCACGCCAGUUAUCAGCUGUCGCUAAAGAUUAUGUUGUGCUUCUAGCUUUAAACGGAGACAAAUUCAAGUCUCUGAUGAUGAACAACAUUUCAGCAGAGUUAAAUGAAAAAGUAAGCUUUUUCAAUACUUAUAUACCGGAUUUCAAGAUUUAUUCAAAUAGCAUAAGAGAAAAAAUUGCUUAUGCUUUUGAAUUCAUCGAGGUGCAUAAAAAAGAUAUUGACUGAGCCUCCUUUUGGAUCAGGCUGGACUGAUCUUCCAAUGUAGAAAAGGGAGCUGGUUUUGCCAGCAUUUAUUGGUAAAACCAAAGAUGGCAAAUCUACCAAAAAAUGGAUCUGUCAUCUGAGAGUUGUUUUUACCAAUAAAUGCUGAUAAAGCCAACCCCAUUUUGGCGUCGGAAGACGCCAGUAUAGCCCAAGCCAAAGGAGGCUCAGGCUAUAUUGUAUUCCUUAAACUGAUAUUAUGCAGAAUUUACAUAAAAAUAUAUUAUGUUUUUUCAAUACUGAAAUUUACAUAUAAAAGUAUAGUGGAAGAAGGCUCAUUUAGCGAAGCUCUAUAUUACAUCGUAGAAGGAGAAUGCGUAUUAAGCAAAGGAGUGCCACCAAAAAAGAGAAAUAUUAUGACUGUCGGAAGAGGAUGUAGUAUAGCCGAUGAAUGUGUAUUAUUAGGGAAAAGAGCAGAAUUUACUGCUUCUGUGUGAACAGACACAGUUAAAUUUUAUAAAGCCAAAAGAGCUGAUCUAUUACCUUUAAUUCCUGAAGAGAUCAUGUUCAAGCUUGUUGGUCUGAGCAGAGCUAAAUUUAUAAGCAGAAAUAAUGUUAAUGAGCGAGCAACCGCACAGACAAAGACUCGAUUAGGAAAAAGUACCAAUAACUUCCCACUUGCAAGCCAGAGAGCCCAAAAAUUAAUUACUCAAACGCUUAAUAGAAAUUCCAGCACUCACAUUAUAGCAUCUCCAUCUAAUGAAAGCCCUAAAAAUUGCAAAUAUAAGCUAACCUUGGAAAAAUUAAGAGAUAUCACGAUUGAAAGAUUUUAUAAAUUUAAUGCUAAUUCAGGAUCACUUUCAGACAAAACUAGAGGACAAACUAGAGGACAUGCUAGGAUUUCGUCAAGAAGCUCACUGUAA